AUGGAUGUUUUUCAAGAACCCAACUUUUCUGUGCUGGCUCCAAACCUGGAACAGAUCAACAAAGAGGAUGAGAAUGAAUCACACAUCCAGGACAGUAAUCUGCAGCCAGACAGCACCGCCGUCUCACCUACAGCCAAUCAACCAAAAGGAGGCCAUGAGAGUGAGAGGACCUCACUGAACCCAUUCUCACCCCUCAGCCCAACAGAGACCUCUGAGCCCAGCAUCACCACCACUACCACUGAUGACUCCUCUUCCAUCCACGCCAUCUCCCUCACCUCCUCUUGCACAACAAAAGAGGUGAGUCCCUGGGCUCUUCCAGAGGACUGUAGUAACAAAGCAGCUUUCACAAUAAUGGAGAUAGGGAGUGUAUCAGCCCUGUCUGGAGGAGACUGCCUCAUGCCACAAAGCCGCACAUGCCUGGGCUGUUUCAUCGAGACCAAGGACGCUACAGAGCCUGAGCCAGGGCUGGACCUGGGCCGGGACUAUGACCCCUGUCCUGUCUCCUGUCCUGACAUGGCCAUGCAGUGCAUGAGUUCUGGGGAUGGUAUCCGCUACGGGGAUCAGCUGCUCUCAGACCAGCUCCUCAGCUACCCAGAGCACAAGAUCAGGGCAGAGGAGAAGACAGAUGAUGAGAAGUCAGCGGAGGACAGCGACUCAGAGGACGCCACGCCGAAGAGUAUCUACGAAGGCCUGCUCCUGGACAAGUGCAAUGGUGAGGAGGCUCUACUGGCCAACUCCAGCCAGGACUGGGGCUGCUUUGAGUCCUUUAUCAGUGAGAGUAAGAUCGAGCUGCUGGACCUCUGCUCUAAGAACGAGCUCUCUGUCAACCUCUUCUCAGAAGAGGACGUAGACAACUACAUGUUUGAUGAUGAGGACGAGGACUCCACCCUGGGCAGCGACGUGUGCUCGCUGAAGAUCCGCUACGAGUCCUUCCAGGACAACGUCCGAGAAAAGACCAACCCCAUUCAGGAGGAAACCCAGUUCAACUUCUUCCCAAGUGUCGUGGCCAAAAAGGAGGGUGAGGGAGCAGUGAAGAAGGGAGCUGAAGGAGCACAGGUGAAGGGAGAGAUUGUUGAAGUCUGGGCGGCUGGAGAAAAGGUUGACAAAAACAACAGCAGCAGCUCUGCUGAGGUGACGCCGAAUGUCAGUCCAGAGAGCAGCUACCUGUUUGACUUCAACAAUUCCACAGUGGACUCUGGAGAGUACAGCGAUGACAGCUCCUGUACUGGAUCCUCCCUUGACACCUGCCAGACCAAACAGAAACACUGCUUCCUCUCCAGGGAGAACUCCAGCUCCUCCAGCCAGCUGAGCUAUGGGCUGAGGUCCAAGAGAAAAGUCAGAUACAGCGACGACUAUCUGUACGACGUGGAUUCUAUCGAGAGCGAGAGGAACACAGAGAAAAAAGACAAGCAGACGGUGGUCCCAAAAAAAGAGGAGGAUGAUGACUGGUGUCCAAAGAAGAGGAGAAAAUCCUCACGAAAAGAGCCUCCGGUGAUAAUCAAAUACAUCAUCAUAAACCGAUUUAAAGGGGAGAAGCACAUGUUAUUAAAGCUUGGCAAAAUUGACACAUCAGAGACAACAGUAAGCUUAAGUAAGGACUUAGUUCAUAAGUACCAGAGAAUGGCUCCUCUGAAAGACUACUGGCAAAAGAGGCGCCAGGAAAUGCAGGAGCAGCGCAUGCUGGCUGCUGGUGAUAAAAACACAUUUCCAAAUGGCUGCAGGCGUUCCCUUAAUUCGAGCCUGACAAAACGAAAAUACAGGAUUGCAAAUAGAGUCCGGAUUCAAAGAAUUCACGCUGUAAAGCUCUCGCCAAACCACACCGAUCACAAGCAAGAGGUGGGCGCAGCUGAGGAUGAAGCUGCCUGUACAGAUAUGGAAUCUAUAACAACAACGACCUCUGACUGUGCUGCUAGAUUAGACCAAGGCAGUGUGACAGGAAAAAGCAGAUCGCUAGAGAGGGAGGGGAAAAGACUUGGGAAUAAGACUGUGCAAAUAAGGAAAUUUAAAAGCGAGGCCAGACUGAGGUUGAAAAGAAUGAACGAGGCUCAGCAGGAGGAUGGUAAAACUGUGAUACAGCUACAAGAGGUUGGCCCACUAUCCCCAAAUCCGCACCCUGACAUAGUUUACUCCACUGCAGGCAGCCCCCAGAUUUGUGAUGACUCUACUGUCAGUGUCGACCCCAAUGAAAACUCCACUUUUAUACCAGCCCCCUGCUCCCCUUCCAGUACAAUGACCCAUCCUGUAAAUGUGAAUAGUGGUCUACAUGUCAUCCCUGGAGGCUACCUGCAGACAUUACUAGAGGCCUCUGACUCAUCCAGUAACACUGGGCUGACAUAUUACUCCCAGCAGCAUCAGCAGCAUCCCCGACAGCAGUUUCCUCAUGGCUUCUCCCAGGAGGAGAAUCCAUUCACUAACCUACAGCUGGCCCAGAGCUGUGUUCUAUCCCCACCCUCAGAGUCUGAGCUCCAACAGUCCCCCUCUAACUGCUCCAAUCAGAUGGAGCCAAACUUCACUCACACAUCAUGGCAGUCUGAAGGAUAUAGUCAAGUCAAUGUAGAUGGCAACAGACUGCUGUAUGAUAAGGCAUAUUUGCCUGAGGAGCCACCAGGACUAGACUCAGGCCUACAAGUCAGCCAGUCAGCUAAAGAGGAACAAGUGCAGUUCCAUAGAGUCACUCUAAACACAGAGAACGGCAGGCUGGCCAGCUAUGACUCUAUGAGUUCACUGUCUGCCACCUCCAGCAACUACAGCUCUAUGAGUCUCAAGUCCUGUGAGAAGGAGAGUGAAGACGAUGUGAACGAGAACUUCUUGGCCCACUGCAGUCCCAAACUGGUGAUCCAGCGAAGUACCGAUGAAAUCACUCCCCUCAGGGAGUCUACAGACCUACUGGACAUCUCCAACUUCACCCCCGAUAAGUUCAGGCACUCGCCAUUGUCAGAGAUGUCGCCACCUGACACACCAAAUCUCUCCCCACAGGUGAUGGGGACAGAAAUUAUGGAAAGCCUAGGAAAGGCCAGGGAGUUUCAGGGAGAGACAGGAGACAUGACUCUCUCAGCUACACCUGAUGGGACUAAGUGGGACUGUAAUGUCCUGCCACAACAAAACCAUGAUGGCAGAGCGAUAAACAAUCAUCAGUUCCAGUUCCAUACUUUCAAUGACAAUGACGGCACAGGUAAGAUUGAUGGCCCCAACGUCUUUGAUGAGCAGCCCGAAUCCAUCGGAGGUCGAACUAAAGGUCCCAAGUCAAAAAGGAAAGCAACCAGUAAACAGAAAAGCAAGGCUCCAAGGGCCCCCAAGACAGAGAAGAACAAAGCCCCUAGACAGAAUUCUAGUUCAUCCAAAAAGCUAAAAGCCCUGCUUGAUGCAAAGGCAAAUGCAAAAGGUGAAGAAAGUGAAGGCCUUGCUGGACUAUCAGAAGACUGGCCUUUACUGGAGGAGCAUGGUGGGGGCUGGGCAGACGGCAACAACAACAGUCCUGUGGAUGACGACCAGCGAGAGUUUGAAGAGCCCUCCAACAUCCUGUCCAACAUAGCCUCUGGGAUGGCAGAGGUCCAGAGGUUUAUGAAGGUGUCAAUCGAGCCACUGUGGGACCCCAUGUCUGGACUCUGUCAGCCUCCAGAUGCCAACAGCCUUAAAACUAAGACACUUAAAAUCCUGGCGGGAACAACAGCUAACGUCAGGAAAAAGGGUGGUUAUACCACCUCCGCUGUGGCAGGAAGGGGCAGGAAGGCAGCUGGCAUGGGAGCCAAAAACCAAGCCAAGUUAAUUCCUUCAAACCCCUUCUUCCCCCCUCUCAUGCUGGACUGCAACGUGUUCAACAAGUCCAGCCUCGGUAUACCUGGCAUCUGUGGGCCCGCACACAAAAAAAUGUACCGUCACAAAACCGGUGCAAAAUUUGCUCGAGACGAAAACAAUACAGGGAAGCGGGACUCGAGCAAGAACGUAGCUCUGAUGGCCUCUUAUGAGAAACGGAGGUAA